UUUGCAGAAUUAAAAGCUCAGACUCUACUUCAUCAACUCUGAGUCAGAUUUCCUCAAGCAACCAACACUCUUUACACAUGUGGUCACAUGGACCACAAUGGGGUCCACCAACUCCUACAUUCAGAAUUCUUCAAGGAACUUAUAGAAAAUGCAGAGAAAUCCUUGAACGAUAUGUUUGUACGGACUUACGGCCAACUAUAUUUACAGAACUCUGAAGUAUUUCAGGAUCUGUUUAAAGAGCUGAAGAAGUACUAUGUGAUUGGAAAUCUAAAUCUGGAGGACAUGCUGAGUGACUUCUGGGCUCGACUCCUGGAGCGAAUGUUUCGGUUGGUGAACCCUCAGUACCAUUUCACUGAAGAAUAUCUGGAAUGUGUUAGUAAAUAUACAGAGCAGCUGAAGCCAUUUGGUGAUGUACCACGCAAACUGAAGCUUCAGGUGACAAGGGCGUUUAUUGCUGCUCGAACCUUUGCACAAGGUCUUAGUGUUGCACGAGAUGUACUGAAUAAAGUAUCCACAGUAAGUAAAUAGAACAUCUUGUUGUGAUCAAGCUAUACAGUGUUCCUCAGCCAUUGUUUUGCCUACAGUAUUAUAUGUGUAGUUACUGAUGACCCACCUUCUCCCUGAUUUUGGGACAGUGAAAGCAAUUUAACUUGGUUUUCGAUUAACUCAGAAGUCACAUAACACCAGGUUAUAAUCCAACAGGUAUAUUUGAAAUCACAAACUUUCAGACCGAUUCCCCUUAAUCAGGUGAAAUGGAGGGAAGCACAUAGGCCAGUGUGAUGAAGGGACAGUG